AUAGCACAGUACGCAGGUACGCGCAGCAGUUCUUUUGAGAGCGCUCAGCUAGGACCGGCAUCAGCAAAUCGGCUCGCCUCUUGGGGUCCGGGUUUCAGUUGCCCCUACCUGACCGACUUGCCACCCUUCCAUUAUUAUUUUGCCACUGUUGCUCGGGCACUUGGUUCACUUCUCGCCCGGGCCCUUCUUCGGUCGGCCUCGGGGCAAUGGCGACGUUGACGAGGACAACGCCCGCCAUGAACCAAGCACAGUCGCAGACACCACCGCGGAAGAAUGAGCGAUGGGGUCCGGAAAUAUACCUGCACUUCGAGUUCAGGUUCUCCUGGGGCAAGAAGGACCAGCCGCCCAAGAACCAUCAGAUCACAUACCGAUCCCGCGGUCCACGCGAGAGGGCACCCGCCUUCCCACGACAGGUCCCGGCACCCAACACCAACUACCUCGCCGCCGUCCGCGCCUUCGACUACAGGCAGUCGAGGAUGCGCGAGCUGCGCCAGCACUAUGCCAACAACGACCCCAACAGGCAUCACCAGAUGCAGGAGUACUACCAGGUCGACCAACCACGGACGUACCUCCCGGUGCCCGUGAUACGCGAACCUGAGCGGCCAACCCGGGCCGAUGCCCAGCCCUCCCACGAGCGGGGACGCUCAGCACCGCCGCCCAUCGGGGAGAAUCCGUGGGACGUGAGCGUUCCUCCUUUGCCCAGGCCGUCCGCCGGCGAGAUCAGGCGGAAGCCGCUGCCGGCGCCGCCGUCCCAGUUCCGCCUGGGAGAGGGCGGCCAGCCAUGGUCGACGUGGUCGAUGCCAGUAGGCUACGACCCGGACACGCACCCCAAGGACGACGAGGAAGGAGAGGAGGGGGCUCGCGCCCGGUCCGUCUCGGGGCCGACGGCGGACCGCAACUCGACGACGUACGCCACCAACCCGACCAUGGUGUCCACCUUCUCGCCCGAGCCGGUCGCGCGGGCCCGCGACGUCGAGACCGGCCGGGCGCGCGAGCUCGGCGCGCUCUCGGCCGCCAUGAUGACGGUCGACAACGGCUUCGAGAACCAGUGGUGGUACCAGGGCCGCCGCGAGACCGUGGCCAGCGCCAGCGCCGACGACCGGCCCCGCACGCCCGGCAACAACAACGACAACAAAAACGACAACAACAACAACGACGGCGCCGACGACGAGAGCCCGCUCGAGCACCAGCCGCGCUGGUCCACGGGGCCCAUGACCCCCGUCACGCUGAGCCCGGAGGACCCCUCGGCGACGCCCAUGCGCCCGACCGCCGGCGUCGUCUCGCCCCUCACCGAGGCCGCGCUCACCCCCGCCCAGGUCCCCGCGUCGCUGCUGCAGAGGACCAUGUCGACGAGGUCGGAGGAGCUGUGGUUCCAUGAGAAGGGUCAAUAGCGAUGGGGACCGGGGACCAACC